GAAAAAAAAAUGAAAUAAUAAAAAGACAAAUAAAGAAACAAAGUAGAAUACUGACAAACAGAGGGAAAAAUAGAACAAAUAAAAAUAAUAAUAUAUAAUAGAAAAAUAGAAAAAAGUAUUCAAUUCAUAUAUAUGAAUUAUAUCUGAAGAAAAUAUUGCAAUAAUGACAUAAUUACAAUUAAAGAGAGAUUAAAUAAAUAAUCAAAUACUGAAAUAAAUAUAAUAGAAGAAAAUAAAAUAUGUGUAUAUAUAGACCGAAAAUAUAAAUAAUAAGAAAAAUCAGAUAUAAAAAUGAAAGACUAAAUAAAAAAAAAUAAAAAAAAAUUGAAAUAAAUAUGAUAGAAAAUAAAAUGCAUGUAAAAUACGAAAAGUCAAAUAUAUAGAUACAAAAGCCUUUCCAUAUGUAUAAAGUUUGGCAGCAGUUUGAAAUUCACAGUAAUCUGCUGACGUUCCCAUGGCAGUGUGUAAUAACACAUGCAGAACGCCAUCUAGCGGUGAUUCAGCAUCACUGAAUAAUGCACCCUUAUCUUUUGCUGAGAGAAAGAACGCGCAUCUACUCAGACUCUUUUUAUAUGAAGUUCAGAACAGACGUCCAGUGUUUGAAGCCUGCUGUCCGGUGCCAUGUGGACAUACUACAGAAAUGGAGUUGUACCGAAAAGAAAUAAGCAGAAAACGGAAAAUGAAGUUGUCAACCUUCCUCCCAUUUCCAACGUGAUUUCCUCAAAUUCAGCAAUACUGGAUCACCACACCAAAGGCCAAACCACAGCCCAACGACUACAAGAGCUGUUCUUCUCCCAGGGACCGAGGGAUCACGGCCCCCUACACAGAACUGUCAGGAAGAAGGUGCAUGUGAAAUGAGAGAUUUCAGAUUUCAUUCUACUCAAAAUACAUCAUAUAUUUGUAUGUUAUAAGACUUAUGUGCUAAUAUAUUAUGUGAUUCCCUUAAAUAUGUAAUAGAAAAACACUUUAGGCCAUCAGGGUGUUCCGUUAUCCAGAGUAAGUGUGGAAACAGAGCUGGAAAUCACAGCUCACCUUAAAUACCAUUUGCAUCAGCGUCACUCAAAGAAUUCAUCUCUUGAGGAGAAAGGUGCUGUAGUGUUUCAGAAAACAAAAACUGUUUUGUUUAAGGACCAGGUUUCAUCAAACAGUCCUCCUCAUCUCCUGCAGAGUCUUGUGCCACUAGAGGAGAAAGAGAAGGAAGAAAAAGAGGACGAGGAGGAAAAAGAAAAGAAAGAGGGAGCAGUAAUUGUUCAAAACACAUCUUCAUGUACGGAUGAGGCCCCGGAUGGCCAGGGAUCCCUCUCUGAUGGACCAUUUAGAGCUGCUGAUAAUGACAAUAAACAAAGAUUAGAUGAAAGAGAUCCAAAACUGCAAAAUCAUUCUUCUCCAAACACCUUAUAUGAUGACAGUAUUUCAUCGUUGCAUUUUAAACAGAGGAGAUUUAUGAUCUAUCUGUGUGGUGGAUAUAAAGGUAUAAAAUAAAUUGGUGUCUGUAAGAUUUUUUUAAUGUUAUUGAAGUCUCUUAAUGCUCUCCAAAUACAGUAAAAACAGUAAUAUUGUGAUUGUGAAAUAUUAUUACAACUUUUUAUUUUAAUAUAUUUCCAAAUGUAAUUUAUUCCUGUGACGGUAAAGCUGUAUUUUCAACAUCAUUACUCCAGUUUUCGGUGUCACAUGAUCCUUCAGAAAUCAUUCUAAUAUGCUGAUUCUUAUUGUUAUCAUUAUUCUGUGUGUAGAUACCGUCCCAGAGCGCAGUGCACUGAUGGAGAGCGUGUAUCCUCGGCUGUAUCUACACUGUAAGCAGAGAGGAUAUGAUUUCAGGAUGAUAGACCUGCGUGCAGGAGUCGGAGAUCCUGUUUCAGACCAUCAUGAUUUGGCAGAGAUGCACAUGGAGACACUUAGGCGUUGUCAGGAGACCGAGGGGCCAAACUUUUUUGUGUUCACUGGACAGAAGCAUGAGAUACGGUCACUGCCCAAUACCAUUCCCCAAGCAGAUUUUGAAGCAAUUUUAAAAUUGGUAGAGAGAAGCAAGAAGAAGCUGUCCAGGAGACAGUCAGACAUGGCUGUUGAGUCACAAACCAGUAUUGGCACUGGUGACAGUAGGAGUUUUGUCCUUUAUAAGGAACCUAUUUUAUCCGAGGAGAAGGAACCUUCGCAAAGUUCUGCCGUCAUGAGUGAGAACUCCAUCUCCAACAGUUCCAUGUCAGAUGGAGACGAGACACAGCUGGCCAGAAGCUGGCUGGACUAUGACCAGGAUUUGACUCUCUUGCAGACAUGGUAUAAGCUGGAUAAAAACACAAUUCCUGCUGUGUACCGCUUACUUCCUGUCAGCAAACAUCACCCUGACUUCCUCAGCCGGGAUGGGCAUCGCAGGAAGCUGGGAAGGAAGGCAUGGCGCUCUUCCUGUGUGAAACUGUGGAACGUGCUGUGGCGGUCUGGACCUGAGGCCAUUGGAGAAGAAGCUACCUGCCAUCUGCUUAAAACAGUGUUGGACUGGGAAGUGGAACAGGGUCUCGGAGGGAAACAGCCACCAGAGGAGUUCAGUCACUGUUAUAAGAGGAUCAUCACUGAUCUUCUGUACAAUCUGAAAAAUGAAUAUGCAUCACAGUUUAUAGACCUACACAAAGGAAGACCUGAAAUCAACCAAACCUUACAUCAAGCUCAGCAGCGCUUUAUACGCAACAUCCACCUCAAGCUGCGACACACUAAUAUCCAUGAGACAAACGUCAGCUGGGGAAGGAAAGGUCUGAGUGCCAAACACAACAGAUCUCAUCAGUUCUAUGUUGAGCGGCUCUGCUCACACUUCCAGCGCACGGUCACUGCAUCCCUCAACAGACUUAUGCAGGUCCGUCAAGCUAAAGGCUCUUUCGACAUGCAGAGGAAGGAGGUUUCCAGACUCCGAGUUGAAGAAGAGAUUCAGCGUCAUGUCAGAUUUGGGAAAACACUAGCACAGGGCUAUGUGUUCAGGCAGGACUUUCUGAUGGAAGUGAAGCAUGCGCUUCAAGCAUCAUUGUCCUCCCAGAAUGCUGUGCUGUUACUGGGGGAUCUGGGGUCUGGAAAGAGCAUGACACUCGCCAAACUGGCACAACUCAUACCUACUUGGAUAUCUGGGGAUGCCAAAGUGCUGACCUGCUUUAUGGGUCUGACAUCUGACAGCAGAAACGUGCGUCUGCUCCUCCAGACCCUGUGUCUGCAGAUAGCCAACAUCUAUAGCCUCAAAACAGAGAUAUCUGAGUCACUGUCAGAGUUGUCCAGUGAGCUGUGCUCGUUGUUGGGCCUGGUGACAGAAGACCGGCCCUUGACCCUGGUGCUGGAUGGUCUGGAUAAUCUUAGUGAGGAACAUGAGGCUGACCUUUCCUGGCUUAGUAAUAUUCUACUGCCAAACGUCCUGAUUGUCCUGUCUGCCGGCACACAGUCAAAAUGUGCUCAAAUUCUACAGUCCCAGGUUAAGGUCACUGUCCUGUCCCUACCUGCUCUUCACCGUGAGGAGAUCGCAUCAGGACUGGCUUCCAGACUAGCUUCAGAUUUUCGCCAACUAACUGAAAAUCAGUGGAGCCUUUUAUUCCAGUCCUGUCUAUCCUGUCCAUCCCCUCUCUAUCUCAAUUUAGCCUAUGCUGAGACCAGGCAAUGGAGUUCAUUUACACCAAAAGAGAGUCUGAACAUCCGUAUGGAUCCAAACCAACUUUUCAUGAGCAUCCUUGUUAGUUUGGAGCGAGAGCACGGGCCGUGUUUGGUGCGACGUAUGGCUUUGCUCAUAUCACUGUCCUGUUCUGGCGUGACCGAGGAGGAACUUUUAGUGCUUUUGGGGCACGAUGAUAAUGUCACACGUGAGAUGGCUGUUUUGCAUCAUCAGACACUUCCUGUUUCCGAAUACUCCCCAGUGCCUUAUGCGUUUGUGGCACGACUGCUGCACGUUCUGAAGGAUUACGUUAAAGAAGUGGAAAGUGACGGCACAUGGGUGCUGCGCUGGGCUCAUGCAGAGUUCGGCUACGUCAUCCUGCAGCGAUACUCACCAACCGAAGACUCGAUAAAAGCUGUUCAUGCAGACUUUGCAGAUUACUUUAAUGGGAACGUCCCGAAUAGCCAAGUUUUUCAGCCGCUAGCUUGGAUCAGGAAGGAGAAGGGAAGGAGGUGCUAUGAAUUCAAUUUGCGCAAACUCCGCUGUUUGCCGUAUCAUUACAUCCACUCAGGGCAAAUUAUUCCCUUACUCACGCAGUGUCUGUUUAACUACGAGUUCCUGUUGCAUAAACUGUGGGGUCUGUCCGUCCAUCAUGUCGAGGAGGACCUUAAAGCUGCUGUCAUACCGGAUAAAGAGCUUCUGGACGUGAAGGUGCUGGGUCAGGUUUUGUGUCUUUCUCAUUCUGUGCUCUUGAAUGAUCCUUGUCAGCUGGCAUCCCAACUCUUGGGCCGUUUGGAGCGGAUCAUUUCCCAAGAUAAACCUGUUGCUUCAGGUGAUCCAAGACGAUACUCUUUUCUGCAUGAUCUGUUAGCACAAUGCAAGAGCUCUUCUUUGCCUGUACUUGUGCCCUCUUACACCUGCCUGCUUCCUCCAGGUGGACUUGUACACACACUCCUUUCAGGUCAUAUGAGUGCUGUGACAGCCCUGGCUCAUGGUCGGCAUCACAUCAUUUCCUGCUCCUCUGAUGGAAUGUUGAAUAUGUGGCGUCUGGAUGAGCAAACAAGGCCCGUUAGGUCCUUACCGAAGGCUCAUGGAUCUGCAGUAGACUGGGCUGCCGACUCACUCACCCUCUGUCUAGAUGACAGUGUGCUUGUGCUACAGAUGGGCCACUGUCUGCAGGUGAGAGAGGUGGAUUCUGGGAAGGUGCUGUACAUGGAGAAAGAGUCUUUGGAUGUUCCUGUUGUCACAUCUGCCUGUGAUGGACGGUUGCUGGUGGUUUUUUAUGAUGGAAGUCACAUGGUUAAGGUGUUUGAUCUUGUGGCGUCCUGUUCGCUGUUGUGUUGUGUGAACCUCGCCCUUGAGUUUGAGCCCAUCCACAAAGACCAAUCCAUCUUAGUCUCUCGUCAUUCUGUUAAAGACUUUGUUCUCUUCGCCUACAGGGAUGGAGGAGAAGCGGCAAUUUUCAAUGCAAAAGGUGGAAUUGUGUCCUCCACAUUGAAAGCUCAGCACCCUGCAGCAUCGAUACAAGCUGUAGAGAUCAGCUUUCAGUAUUUACUACUCUUUUGCAGAUACCCCUAUAAAAGACACAGUGAAAUCAUUCAUAUUGAACUAUUCAGUUCAGCAUCCUUCCAGUACCUGCGCUCUAUCUUGGGUUGCAGUCAGGACUACAUUUCCCAGGUCACCAUUGCAGGGGGUGGGUCCCACAUUGUGGCCUUUUGUCCCGCCCUGCAUAGCGCCACCACAGAGAUUAUUAUCUGGAACCUUGAGACUGAAGACCAUAAACACAUUGCACGGUUUCCAGGCCUGCUGGCUUAUGGUGUGUGUUCUGACCUGCGGUACUGUGUGGGGUUUUGUGCCGGGGAGCAAUUCUUACGCACAUGGAACCUGGGAUCCAGGAUAAAUGACCAAACGCUCACAUACAACGUGCACAAAGCUCACAGUGACGGUACAGCGGAGAUUGUAACCAUGCAGAGAUAUCCUAGGUAUGUGGUAUGUCAAAGCACUCGUCCUGGUACUGUGAGAAUAUGGAAUGUGGCGCGGACUCGAUUCAAGGGCCAUCCUGUGCAAGUGGAGCACGGUCUGUUCUCAAGUUCAGACAUCGCUCUGGUGCGAGACCUGAAACUCUAUAUACUAUCUGACCGCGGUACCACCAGCUUCACUGAUGCACCUACAUCUGUCUACCAGACAUUGCUGGUGUAUGACCUUCUUAAAAAGAGCUAUAUUAAGAAACAGACUGGACUGUUCAUCGUGCCCUGUCCUCGGCAAGACUAUCGGCUCUUGGAGGGUGAAAUUCUGUUGGGCCUUUCAGAAACACGGGAUCACCUGAUAUUGUGGGAUCUGGACUCUGGCUAUAUUAAAGGACGUAUCAAGACAUCCUACAAAGAAACCCUGCUCUCCAGCAUGGACAGAGAUUCCCAGAUUAUAUCCUCAAAAGAGAAGACGGGUCUAGUGAUGCCAUGGGACAGGCGCACCGAAACCCAGACAGCAAAAAGGAGGCGACGGGAGCGUGAGGUGAAAAGAGAAAAAGAUGAACAGCAGCGCCUCGAAAGAGAGAAGUUCAACUCUAUAGACCAGUAUCUUCUCAGUGGAGAUGAGCGGGUGGUCAUAUGCUCAUAUUUUGCCCAUCAUCUCAACAUCUUCAGUGUGGUUUCUGAGGAGCAUCUGCACACCCUUGAGGACCGUUGGUCCCUUUUGAGCCUCCGUACUGCUGCAGUCACUCACACAGGAGGGUACUUGGUGGUCUCUAACUACAGUGAAGCCCAACAUGCUCCAUACCUCACCCUCUGGGACACACAACAGGGCAGGGUGCGGAAGAGAUUGAAAAAUGAACCUGGAAUCUGUUGCAUCGCUAUAAGCAACGAUGCCUGCAGAGUGGUUUUCGGCAUUUCAGGAUUCAACAAGCUGAAAGUAUGGGAGCCCUUCCGGAGGAAACAUAAAACCAUCUCUGGUUACGGAAGUUUAAAUCUUAACUGGUCCAGCUUGCUAUUUAUCGCUGAAGGACAAUCAAAAGCUUUUUUAUUAUCAGAUGCAGUGAGCAUGUGGGACCUGGACAAUGGGACGUUGCUGUCUGUCUUCACACCUGACUCUAAGAUCCAGACCAUCUCUCUACUUGGACCCAACAAUGGCACAUUGCUUUUGGGCUUUAGUGACAUUUCUACUCUAAUCACCAUGACGGUCAGCCAACAAAAUGCACACACAAAAUCCAGCUCUGCUUGUGGGAAAGACCUGUUUGGGGAAUCCAGCAGUAGUGAAGACGAUGAAGAAACAAACAAGAACUGAUUGGAAGAGCAUUGGACCAGUUAAAUGUACUGUAUAAUAUAGUUUCUUUACCAAGACUGAAUUCAGUCUGAAUGUAAAUAUGGGGCUUUAUGAUCUCUGGCAUUCACUUUGUAUUGAUCUUAAGGAUUUUAAGGGAAAAUUUUACUGGUACAUUGGGAAAAAAGCACAGUGUGAAAGGUAGACAUGUGACUUCUGUCUUCAUGAGAAAUGCAAGGUAUUCCGAUCAGCAUUUCCAGUGCUUGUUUUUCCACAUACUAUGAAUUUACCAGAACUUCCCCGUCUUAACCUUAGAGAAGUCAUGAGAUCCAGAGGUUGUGAUAAAACAAAUCUCAACAAGCCUGUGUUCUCACUUUACAUUAUCUCAGUAUUUUCCUGAACUUCAGAUGUAUGUAUAUUAACAGAACAGAUGUAAUUACAUGUGUGCAUACUUUGACAGUCCAGUUUCAAGUGUAUAGUAAAACGGACUCACCUUCUGUAGCUGUCAUGCAUGGUGAGCAUGAGUCAAAUUUUCACUUCCUGCAUUUAUGUCACAUGAAUGAUGAGCAAAACACUUCCUGCUUUACUCAUUCUGUAUAAGGAGUUUUUAACAACUAUAGCUAUUUGCCUUAUCAAGACAAAUAAAAGUAGCUGAUGCCA